AUGGCGCAGAAACCAGAUCCUUUAUUAUGGCAGGAAUCAACGUGUAUCAGUGAAACAGCUACGGAGUUUGACAACAACUGCUAUGAGCUAUUCACAAUAAACUUGAAUUGGACCGAAGCGCAGGAAUACUGCUCAAAUGGAAUAGGAAGCCUGGCCACAAUUUCUUCACCCUCUGUGUUGUCAUUUCUCAAUUCUCUAAUACCUGAUUAUACACAAGCGUGGGUUGGAGCUAGUGACCAACUACAAGAAGGUGAAUGGGUGUGGACAGAUGGUACAGAGGCUAAUCUAACAUCAAUGUGGGAUGAAGGCGAACCCAAUAACCAAAUCGGAAUUGAACAUUGUCUUGAGAUUAAUUAUCGAAAAAGUCUAAAUGAUCUACCUUGUUCUCUUUAUUUGUCUUUUAUUUGUAUGGAAGUUCAUGAGUCUACCUCAUCAUCUGAAACUGAAAAAACAACGUCUGUGACAUCUAGUGCAACAACAGAAUCAAGUAGCUUUAGUACAGUGAGAAAUAUGUCAAAUCCUGGGAAUGUUUCUGACGACACAAUGGAGACAACAACAACAUCGGAAACAGAAACAACGCCUUUGGCAUCCAUUGUUGCAACGACAGCAACAAGUAACUUUAGUACAGUGAAAAAUGUGUCAACGCCUGGGAAUGUUUCUGACCACACAAUGGAGACAACUACAACAUCUAAAAAUGAAACAACGCCUUUGGCAUCCAUUGUUGCAACGACGGUAGCAAGUAACUUUAGUACAGUGAGAAAUAUGUCAAAGCCUGAGAACGUUUCUGGUGACACAAUGGAAAAAAUGAAUUCACCAGGAGUAGCUGUAUGGUUAGGUAUUGGGGCUGGUAUUUUUGUCGUGGUCACAUUUUGUGUUCUUAUUGUGGUGCUUGCUAGACGUCGUCGUAAAACACGGUCACUCAGAAGAAAUCUGAAAAUAGCCAAGAUACAAGAUUUUACACACCAGCCCACAACAGAAUAUGAUAACACGGACCGACGCAAGACAUGUCCAUCUAAUGCAGUUGAAAGGAACUAA